AUGUAUGUUGAUUGCUUAAAUUACUGUGCUAGUUGUACAAAGUGCAUUCAGGCUAAGCCUCAUCGUAUAUACAAACCACCCUUUCAGGAAACUUUUUCACCUGUUAAAUGUAAUCAAUUGGUGACACUCGACAGUGUUGGACCUUUUAGCAACAACAAAUACAUCUUAACUGUCAUUGAUGCCUUUUCGAGGCACUUAGAGUUGUAUAUUUUGAAUAAUAUAACUGCUGUGUCAGUUGCUAAGUCGUUCUUUAAAUACGUCACUUUGUUUGGCAGACCUGAAUUAGUUUUGACAGAUCUUGGUCGUCAGUUCAAUUGCGAACUAUUUGCUAAAUUUAGUCAGCUUUUUAAUAUUCAGUUAAGGCACACUACGUCAGCUAAUGCCCAGGCCAACACUUUGAGUGAAAGGGUGAACUUGUCCAUUAAAACUUCAAUUAAAGCUUUGUUAGCUUCUGGUCUUGAUUUUGAUUAUGCUGUUGACGUUCAUAAAGCCUGUUGUAACGCGUCCACACAUUCAACUACUGAAUUCUCUCGUAAUCUUGUUCACUUCGGUCGGGAAUUGUCUUUGAUAACAGACAUUGUUAAUUUCAAUAUAAAUCCAUCUUUGGAUUCCGCUUUUGAAUUGCACAAGCUCUUAGAGCAACUUCAAUUUGUGUAUCGUAAAGUAUACCGGAAUUCUGUAACUAAAAAGUUGGCACAAAAUCAAAGUCAUAAUGAAAAGUGUAAACCUCGUAAUAUUCAAGCUGGUCAUCUUGUGUACUUGAAGUCAAAAAACAAGUACAAACCUUCAUAUGAUGGCCCAUAUUUUGUUAAAAAAGUGAUCUCACCCGUAUUGCGUCUUAUUCAGGAAUUGAAUAACAAGCAGGCACCAUUGAAGAAAAUACAUGUAAACCGUUUGGUGAAGUUCCAGAAAAGACAAUCGCAUUUGGGUGGUGAACAAUCUGUGAAAAAGAACAAUGAUGUUGGGAGACCGGAAUCUCCUAUCCCAUUUCAGGUAACUGUGAAUGCUGAUGUGGUUCCUGCUGUGAGACCCCAGAGCCCUGAUGCUUCCGCCGGACCGUCUUCGGUUCCUGAUGCCGUUCCUGUGCCUGACAUCCCGAAUGAUGUCGGAGCUCCUGUUCCCCAGCAUGAUCCUGUGCCGGUGCAACAGACCAGAUCCCCAUACCAGCUUCGGCGACGUUGA